AUGGAGACCAGCGUGGACACACUCGUGUAUCAAUUGGAAGACGACGACACCAAUGUGCGGUGGAACACGCUGCAGAAGCUCCGGCGGAUCGCCGCGGUGGAAACCUCGCACUUCCCAGUUCGCAACACCCGCCGCUUCCUGCAGUGUGUUCGACGGCGGAUUGUCGGCGAAGAAGAACCCAACGUAGCAAUCGAGGCGUUGAGGUUGCUAUCGGACGUGAUGGUCUCGCUCGGCGACAACGUGGACCAAAUCCUCUCGUCCAUUUUGCCGCACUUGAUCCCGAACCUACCGAGGAAACGCAAGAGCCAGGAUCCAGAUGGGGAUAGUGACGACGAGAAGGAUAUACUGCAGGAGGAGAUGUUCCAGGUCUUCCGGAAGUACACGAACGUCACGAAUGAUCUGCAAGCUGUCGCCGAUCUGCUCGUCAACAUCGGCCUGGGAAGUGGCCAUGGAUCCGUGCGUGAAACUUCGCUUCUUGUAUUGAUGCGCCUGCUGGACGACCGUUUUCAGAAGCGCACAAUGGCACGAGGCGACUCUGCGAGAAGUGCAAUAGGUCGGGGAGACAAGGCGCUCAUUGUCGCGUUAGUGCAAGCUAUCAUCCCGGCACUGGAGGACUCGAACGAUAAAGUGGUGGUAGCUGCGGAAGAAGCCAUUGCCAAGCUGCAGUCGUACUGGGGGAGUCGAUUCUCCAGCGAAGUGAUGAAGUUUCUGAGUAGUGAAGACAAGCGAACGCUAAACGAACACCACGAGCCUAUCGCGGACUUCUUCAGAGCUUGCUCGAUUGCUCCGUCUCCCCCGCCUUCUCCACCACAGUCAUCGAGACCGAAUUCUGCUGCCUCAGCUUCGAGCGAUAGACGUAUGGGGUCAUCGUCUUCCUCUUCGCCAUCAAAAGUCCAUCCACUGAACGCGCCAGAUCAAUUGCACUUCGGCUUCUUGAAAGGCGACAUCUUGACGACAUUAUUGACCAACACCAGCAAUUCAAACGCCGACUGGAAGAAGCGCGCGGCAGCAGUUGAAAAGCUCUAUGCAGCCUGCAAGCAGGUGGACGUAACUACGCUGCGCGGAGCGACAGCAGAAGAGCGAGCCGAACGAAUGGACGAGCUAGACGGACUGUUUGACAUCCUCGUCCGUCUUACUCAAGACGUUGACGUUCACCUUGUAAAGCGAGCGCUCCAGAUCACUCAGAUACUUUUCCGCAAGUUGAGUCCGCCGAGACAGCAUGCCAAUGACGGCAACGACACGGAGGAUGAUACCCCCCGAGAGAUUCAAAAAGACGCUGCGUUCUACAUGACAAAGAUGCUGGCGCCUAUGGUGGAGACAUCGGCGAACUUUGCAGGAGACGACGAUGAAAUGGAAGGGUUUGUGUAUGCUUUACUGGGCCAAGUCUUCGAGAGCGGAUGUGUCGGUGUAAGCCUGAUUGAGCAAGUAUUAUCAAGGACUUCACUUCGGCACCGACGGGCGCAAGUGCGGGAGGAGGCACUCAAAGUUUGGAUGGUGCUCCUUCUAAUUGCUGAGCGUGAAGAUCUUCUACCAACUAAGUAUGCACCGAGCGAGGAUGUUGUGCAAACGCUCGGGCGAUUACUUGGAGACACGAACGCGCAUGUGCGUGACAUGGCUUUCGAGACUGCUGCUGUAUUAACGACACUAUGCCAUUGCAAUAUCUACGCUUUACUAGAAGCCUUCGUUGACGACGAGUAUGUUGCAGACCGAGUGGACUGGGCGGCACUGCGCGCUAGGCUGCGACGGAAGCAUAUCCCCGAGCUCCGGUCAAAUAGUGCCCUACGACUUAAGUCCACUGCUGCCGUUGGAAGUGUCAGCUCAAGCAGGAUGAAUAGACUUCUCUCGAGUGUGGAGCAAUCUCUGGACGGCAACCGAUCCACCACUAGUGAAGAAGGCCCAACGACGGUUGAUAUUGGCGAUAAGCUUUCCGCUUUGAGAAAGAAGAUGGACCAACUUCGCCAACCUCGUACCAAGCGCGUUCGGCGUCCUAACAGCCAGGAAAACAUGGCUACAAGCGCUGCCCAACACAGUCCUCAGCACCUGCAAAGUCUGCAAAGUGAUGCCCGAAACUAUGAAGACCGCCCCCUUAAGUCCAAGUUCAUCGAGCGACAGAAGGAACUAGAAGCAGGCGAGUUGUCACCUUCCCAGCCUUCGCCAGAUGAGCGCCCCAUUCGCCCGAUGGCAACAUCAGGAGAUCCCGAUCAAAUCUAUCUAAACCUCGGCGACCAAGACGCAGGGGAUAUCGACAACAACGAACAGGAGCCACGAUACUUGGAGCCGCAUGAGAUCACUCCUCUGAUCAACUCGAAGCAGGAUCUCAGCAAAGUGCUCACGCAGCUUCGAAGCGAAGACUGGGAAGCGAACUUUGACGCGCUGAGCACAGUUCGGCGACUAGCAAUGCACCAUGCGAGCAUGAUCGAUGCUGGUAAAGUGCACGCAAUCGUGGUUGAGAUCCUUAAGCAGGUGCCGAAUCUGCGCUCCUCUGUCUCGAAGAAUGCGUUGUUGGCACUUGAAUCGAUGUGCUCUGCUUUCAGUCGAACAAUGGACUCCGAAGUGGAGAAUAUUGUCCCCGUGUUGCUUAAGCGCUGCGCCGACUCAAACGCAUUCGUGUGCGAGUCAGCCGCAGCCUCAUUGCAUGCAGUGGUGCUCAAGUGCUCUACCCCUCGCGUUGUUGCUGCGCUCGGCUCUCACGUGAGCAGUAAAGCUUCACCGAUCCGUCGCGAGGUAGCACGCGGUGUUCACGCACUCAUCUUGGGCCUGGCGGUCAGCAUCCAUGCAAGCAAGGACUUGUCCUCAAUUCUCCAACUGGUCGGCCGAUGCCUUGAAGACUCGAACAACGAGGUACGCGACAUCGCAAAACAGUCGGUCCUGUACUUGCACUACAAGCAACGCAUGUCUGGGGAGCGGAUCAAGAGGUAUCUGCCUGCUGCAGCGCAAACGAAAGUCGACAGUGUUUUGAGUGGCAAAGUCGGGUACGCUCCGCCAGUGCUUCCUGCUCCUUCCAGUGGACUUGACCCCGCCUCCGAUCUGCCGUCAGCCCCUGCACUGAAGAAACGGGAGGCGCCUGCUGCACCAGUUAGAGCCAAGAAGACGACGAAGCCACUGUCCAGUCGAACGUCGCCGCCUACAUCGAGCAACGGAACUCGAUCAACUGUCAACGCCGAGGAACUGACUCGACUCGAGACCAAGCUCGACAGCAGCAAUUGGAAAGACCGCUUUGAUGCUCUCAAUGAGACCACCGACUUCAUCUGCAGCCGUGCGUCUGCUGUUGUUGAGAGCGGUCAGAUGCUGAACCUGUUCGACCUGCUCAUCAAGCGGCUGGACGACGGCAACGCCAAGGUGAAUGUGCUCGCCCUCGAGUGUAUGAACCGGAUCGUCCCCGCCGUAGGAAGUGGAAUGGAGCAGGUGCUGCCCAAUUUUGUGCCGGCCAUCACCAAGAACCUCGCGAAUGCUCGAACGUCGUCGUUGGCUCAGUCCGUGGUGCAGCAGCUCUGUGCACACGCGGACAACCGAUCGCUGUGCCAGCAGGUCGCGAUUCAAGCGCGCAAUUCGAACUCGCGCGUUGUGCCAGUGUUGCUCGAUACACUGGCCCAGCUGACGGCGCAGAGCGUUGACGACAAGAGCAAUUACGUGCUCACUCGCCACGUUCUGCCAUUGGCGCUGGACCUGCUUAAAGAAGCCAAGAGCGGCGUGAAAGAAGCGAACUCACGGCUACUACGAGAGCUGCGCAGAACACUGGGAAGUGCCGCUGUAUCCAGUGCUGCGUCCAAGCUGAGCACCGCCCAGCAAGAUAAACUAGCCGCCAUCCUGCGAUGA